GUCAGGUAGGGCGCUUGACUGUGAGCUCCAGUGGUUAAGUAUUAACUAGUCAGUACCCUGUUUCUGAGAGUGGAGGUCUGUGUCUAGGCAUUGGGACGUGUGAGGGCCAGGGUCUUGUGCUGGCUUUGUUAAGAUUUCUUGAGCUACGGUUAAAAAUGGGUGGAAUUCCAGCAACCCUACUCCUCAGCCUCUUUCUCAGUUCGGUUCUUCAGGGCAUGUGUAAAGAUGUAUUUAUUGACACCAAAAGAGCCUCUGAGGUUUUUAUCAGAGCAAGGCGAGCGAAUUCCUUCCUUGAGGAGGUGAAGCCUGGUAACCUGGAGCGGGAGUGUCUGGAGGAGAUAUGUGAUCACGAGGAAGCUCGUGAAGUGUUUGAACAACCGCAGCCAACGGCACAGUUUUGGUGGAAAUACAAGGGCUGCAAUGGCCUAACAUUACCCAGAGAUACACAAUCUAUACAGACUCUCAGAUCAUGCUUGGAUGCAUCCACCGAGUGUUCGUUUGAAAACGGAGAGACGUACAGUGCAGCAGUGGCCAUCACCUCCAGUGGAAAGGCAUGUCAGUACUGGAACAGCAACUUCCCUCACAGAAUAACAGAAUUCAACGCAUCCCUGGAUGAUUCAUUGAAAGAGAACUUUUGCCGAAAUCCAGAUCAAAGUCCUGAGGGACCUUGGUGCUUCACUCGUGAUCCCACAGUCAGAAGAGAGGGCUGUGCUAUUCCUAAAUGUGAUGGACCAUUUGUUACUGAACCUUUCCCUACAAAAGUCAAUGUGACUAUCGAUUACUCCAGUUCGAAAAACUGUCUAACUGACAAUGGCAAAGACUAUAAAGGAACCCUGUCGGUCACCAUGAAGGGUCUCCCGUGUCUGCCCUGGGCUUCCCCUAAAGCCCAAAAGAAGGCUUCAGGAAUCGAGUUUCUGCCUGGUGCUGUGCUGGAGGCCAACUACUGCAGGAACCCAGAUAAUGACACGGAAGGGCCCUGGUGCUUCGUAGAUUACCCCAACGUCACCAUGGACUACUGUGACCUGGAGAUGUGUGAGGAUCCACUAGAUAGUGAAGCAGAUAGUGAAGUCGUUACUGAGGCAGGUCGGCAGCGAGCUGUGAAACCUGGUCCUAAAAAAGCUUUCUUCUCUCCGCGGAGUUUUGGCAAUGGAGAGGCGGUGUGUGGAGAGCGCCCAAUGUUUGAGAAAGCAGGUGAACAAGAUUCAAAAGAAAAAGAAUUAUUUGAAUCUUAUCGUAAACAGAGAAUUGUGAAAGGGGAAGAUGCCGAGGUUGGAAGUGCCCCAUGGCAGGUGAUGCUGUACAAGCGGAGCCCUCAGGAGCUGCUGUGCGGCGCUAGCUUGAUCAGUGACGAGUGGGUCCUCACGGCCGCUCACUGCAUCCUCUACCCUCCAUGGAACAAGAACUUCACCAUUGAUGACAUACUUGUCCGGCUUGGGAAAUACUCUCGCUCAAAGUUUGAGAGAGGGCUUGAGAAGAUUGUGGCCUUAGAUAAGAUUAUUGUGCAUCCUAAAUACAACUGGAAGGAGAACCUUAAUCGUGAUAUCGCUCUACUGCAUAUGAGGAGGCCCAUCGAGUUUUCAGCUCGUAUUCAUCCAGUUUGCCUACCCACCAGGCAGGUGGCUAAAGAUUUGAUGAUGGCUGGAUACCUGGGUCGUGUGACAGGUUGGGGGAACCUUUAUGAGACAUGGUCUUCUUCUCCAAAAGCAACCCCUUCAGUCCUUCAACAGGUCCAGCUGCCCAUUGUCGAGCAAGAUAUCUGUCGGAAAUCUACCUCAAUUCGUAUCACAGACAACAUGUUUUGUGCUGGAUUCAAACCAGAGGAAAACAAAAGUGGUGACGCCUGUGAAGGGGACAGUGGCGGACCUUUUGUCAUGAAGAAUCCUGCAGAUCAUCGCUGGUAUCAGAUUGGUAUUGUGUCUUGGGGUGAAGGCUGCGACCGAGAUGGAAAAUAUGGAUUCUACACUCAUCUUUUCCGCAUGAGGAGGUGGAUGAGGAAGGUCAUUGAGAAUGCAAAUGACGCUGAUGAUGAAUAAUAAUGGAGUGGUUUGUUCCCAUCUGUAUCCAGUUUGACUUGAGAGAAUGAGAACAAUAGCUUGGCCUGUUGUGUUAUCAAUCAUUUGCUUGCUCCCCAUAGUGAAGAUACUAUCUAUUGCACAUUUGCCACUAUAGGGAAUUUAAUUAAACAAAUAUUGAAAGAAA